AUGUGUGAAAAGCCUCAAGACCAAACCAGUGACUAUGUGUGUCAAGAAGACCAGAAGGGCCACCAUUCUGUAGACAGUUUUACAGAUUUUACUGUUAUUACAGACAAUGAAGAAAUUCCCUCAAAUACAACUAGUGAUGAUAAGGAAAGUAAUAAAAGCCUGGAAAAGCAAGACACGGCUUCUCUAAACUUGGGUGGCCUAAACCGUGACAGCACCAGAAGUGCCUUUACACCAUACAGACCAUCUACUGUGCUAACAAAUUUACAACGUGGGAACGUACAAACACAAACACCAGCAGCUUAUCCUGAACGAACUGUUCAUCAACUUGCAGCUCAAGGAGAACUUUUUCAAGAGCACAUCACAGGUGAAAAUCAGAAUCAGAUUGAUGAAAGAGAUGAUAAUGGUUUAACACCAGUUGCCUGGGCCAGUGCUUAUGGACAGUUAGCUACAGUGCGACUAUUACUGGCACACAGAGCCAAUGCCACUAUAGUUGGACAUCAUGGAGAAUCACCACUUCUCUUUGCAAGUGCAAAUGGCCAUUCUCACAUUCUUCGGGAACUUUUUAAUGAACAUGUAGAUAUAGAACAUGUUGAUGAUGAUGGAAAUACAGCAUUAAUGUAUGCUGCAUUCAACAAUCACCCUAUGUGUAUCCAGGAAUUACUUAAUGCAGGAGCUAAUAUAACUGCCAGAAACAAUGACUUGCAUACAGCAUAUGAAAUAGCUGUUGCUCGAGGAAGCAAACAUGCUCAACAAGUCCUGGAAAAAUAUAUGAUGGAAAUAUUGCUGAAGUCUUGACAAGAACAAACAAAAUAAAUGAAAUUUUUGUAAAAGUGUUUACAACAACAUUUUACUCCACAUUUUAUAAGCAGUAAUUGUAAACUGCUCUUAAACAACAGUUCUCACCAACAAUAAAGUAUGAAGUGUGCUCUAAAACUACCCAGUUAGAGAAUGUAUUUCCAUAUUUUGGGAUUCUGAUUUUAACUUUGUUCGCCUUCACUGUAAAAAUGUGUGCAACAAUUCUUAUGUUCAACAAUUUUUCUCAUCUUGUGAAAUACCAAUAACUCUUAACAAUCAAAAAUACACAGCCGAAUGAUACUUUUCCCUUGGGAUGUCAGUUUUUGAAACAACAUUACAACACCUGUGGUAGUACCAGUAAUACACUUUUCUUUGACUUAAAGAAAGUCCACAGUAUAAGUAAAGAUGUGACACAGCAUACUCUUUUUCAUAGUAAUACAGCUACUUUCCUCAUUAGCUGAAAGUACUGCCAUCUGAUAUGAAAAUAGUUAGUAGCAUUUUACUUGUACAAAGGUCUCAUUUUUAAAAUAUACUUUUUCAUAAAGUGUUUAUAAUAGUGGUUAUUAAAUUUGUCUAAAUUAUAUGUAUACUGUGAAAGUAACUAGUGUAUUGGAAACAUAUUGAGAAACCAUUGAAAAUAUUACAGACAACAUUAAUGCCUAUACAAAUGCCUCCUCAUUUAGUUAAGGGCCUCAAUAACUUACUGGAAAAGUUAAAAUUAUUAUUCACUGAUAAUAAUAUUACUUUUUCGUUUUUAAAGGUGAAUUUGAUGUUGAUCCUAUCUUUAGAAGAAAACUAUACAUUUAUAAGGUAAAAUACUUAAGUAAAAACUUUAUAUACAUUACAACUUUAAAUGUAUACAUAAUUGAGAAUAAUAGUUAUAAACUAUUCUGUGUGGUCCAUAGAGCUGAUGACAUACUUUAAAUUAAUAUAUUAAUCAAAGAUCUAACACUUUUAAAAUUAGUUAAUUAUAUUUUUCUUCACUAUACAUAGGGUUAAGUAAAUUAUAUUAAAACGAUUUUGGAGUCUCAUCUAAUUACAGUCUUACCUUGCCACCUCUAGUCAUGCUUUAUCUGACAGAUAUGGAUCUUGACAAUAGCCCUAUGGUACAGUUUUCAUUGCAAAAUGUUCUGUUGUAAGGCUCUCAUGUCCAAAGAACUCCACUCCUUCCUGUGUUUUUUCUAUAACCAAAUGAUGGUUUCUAGCACCCAUUUCAAUAGUUGUACACACAGGAACACAUAGGCACUGCAUCCAGUGACUUGACCAGUAUGUCUUCAUGUAUAAUAGGAUGAAUACCCUUUUCAUUCUUCAGCUGCUUUAUACCAGCUUUGGUUUUACUUGACUUGCUGAUUUGCAUUUUCAAAAUUUUUCUAAUGUAAUAUACUGAGCCCUGUUUAAACUAAAAUUAACAAGCAUUUACAAAUACCACAUUUAAACUAGCCAAAACUAAGGCACAAUGUUGUUGAUUUAGUCUCAGAGUUGAUUACAUUUUUGUGGUCCAGUUUAUAUAUCCUUCUAAGGAUUAUAAUGGUAUAAAAUAUCUUAUACGCACACAGUAAUUAUCAAUAAAUCUAUUCUUAAUGUAAAUAAACUGUAAAUCUAUGAAAUGUCACCAUGGGAAAGCUUUAAUUAAAGCUUAAUAUUUCAUAUUAAUUUCCUUUUAUAAAAUAUUUUAUAUUAAACUUAAUUGUAUGCUGUAUACAUGUUUAGUUGUUGAUAAGAAAGAUGUGAAAUUAUAGAACUCCUAAGAAAAUAAAGUUAUAAAAAACAUGAUGCUUGUCUUCUUU